AUGAACGCAAAAUUAUUUCAAAAUUGGUUAACUAAUUUAAAUUUAUUUAUGAAAAAACAAAAUCAACAAAUUUUGUUAUUUAUUGAUAAUGCUUCUUGCCAUCCACCUGAUAUUCAGUUAACUAAUGUUAAAUUACAAUUUUUUCCUGCCAACACGACAUCAAAAAUGCAACCACUUGAUCAAGGAGUUAUCCAUUUAUUCAAGGCAAAUUAUAGAAAAUGUUUGGUGAAGCAUAUUAUUGCUAGAUCGUCAGCAGUAAAAACACCCAGCAAUAUUACCAUUACUGCACUUGAUGCAAUAUGUUGGAGUGAUUCAGCGUGUAAAUCAGUCACUCAGUCAACAAUUCAAAAUACGUUUACAGCUGCUGGUUUUAAAGAGAAAAAAAUCGAAAAUUUACCGGGUAUAAUUAAUUCUGGUGCUACUAAUGGUUUAUCAUCAACAUUAAAUGAUUUAUCUACAAUAGAUUUUGUAGCUAAUGAGGCAGUAACAGUAUUAGAUGGAUUAUUGAAGCAUACUGUGAUUAGUGGUUCAACGAUGACUGCUAGUGAACUUAUAAGUCUUGAUUCUCAUGUUCCAAUAUUCAACGAAUGCGAUGAUAGUUUUGAAAAACUUGCUAUGGUUGAUAGUAUUACUCAAACGAAUGAAUUAGAUGAUGAUGAAGAAGAAAACACCAAUGAAGAAACACCACCAAAGCUAUCUGAAGCAAUAGAAAUGAUCUAA